UUGAGGCGUAAUUAUAUUUUGCGUGAACAGCCGAUUCUUUCGGCAGUCGUUUUGAAUGAAAAUUUGAGGAAAUCUACAGAAGAAGAGGUUUUAAAAUGGACAAAUUUGUCGUCCGACUGCCUCGAGAAACUGCGGCGAAAGCUAAAUCCAAGUCCCAAGGCAAAGUGUACAAACAGGCGACAAUAGAGUCUUUACAGAGAGUUGUGGUGAUCGAGGAUAUAGAACGUCUGAAGGUGACCUUGGAGCUGGAGGGCCAGUCUACCCGAGUUCUGCUGGAGGCUCUGACAGAACUCAACAAGAAAAUCCCGUCCAAACAAGUCCUGCUGUCCACUAAGAUAGGACAUGCAGUAAAUAAGCUGAAGAGGCAUGAAGACAAGGAGGUGGCCUCCUUAGCGAGGAGCAUCGUCUUGAAAUGGAAACACUUCAUCCAGGACCAGGACAACAAGCCAGUCUUAGAGGUUCGCUGUGAUCUCAAGACGGAGAAAACUCGGACUUCUGGGAGAAGGAUGCUUGCAGAGUCACUCGGGCUCGAGGAGGGCCACCUGUUACCAGAGACCAUAGAGAGAGAAACGUUCCACAUGUGCAGGCGGCUUUUAGACAGGGGCUACAAGAGAACCAUGAGGAAACUCAUCUUCACACUGAAGGGGAACGAAGACACCAGGAAACUGGUCCUUAACGGGGAGCUGGCUGUGAAGGAACUGGUCAAGUCAUUAAAGUGCAAGUCUUAAUAGAAAUAAAAUCUUAAGUUGAAGGCAUUUUAUGGUAAGUUUCCACAAGAAACAUAUUUUUCAAAAAAGCCUUAAAAGGGACCAAGCAGUGAGAGACUUGUUCAAUUCAUGCAUGCUGUCAUGAGAAUGAAGAGAUAGUUUUUAUGUGAAGAUGUUUUAUACAAAAAGUUUCCUGUACAAAGACACAGGGAACAUGGUCUUCUAAUUAAAAGGAAAGGAGAACUAGUAGCAUUGAAAGACAUGGUGAAAUUCUUGAAGUGUAAGUCUCGAGGCUUUUAAUGAGAAGACAUAUUAUGAGGGAAGCUUUAAGUGCAAUAUUUCCAAACUGUUCCAACACUAAUUACCUCUGCUUGAAGAGUAGUAUGGAAGUAGAAAUUAAGUAGGAAAAGUUUGACUGUAUAUUGUGAUUUACAUGUGAAGUAGCCAUAUGUUUUAUUUCUAUGUAUGUUAUCUGACUAAAUGUGGGAUUUUAGGAUAGAUAUUUGUUAGUUUUUAGAGGAUGUUUUUAUUGUCUGAGGACAACAUUGACAUGAUUAAACUUUUUUAUGAUCAAGAUACUGAGAUGAAAUACAUUAAAGAGAUGUCACACGGAUUAUUCAAUA